CCCUGGCGUUCUGCAAAGCUGGAUAAAACUCUCGCCACUCUCAACUCCAACCACCGCCAAUCGCUCUCCUCCGCCUCCCGCGGCCGCCGCCACCGCCCUUUCCCACCUUGACUCUAAGCGCUUGUCACUUCAGGCAUUCUCUCUAUUUUUGGAUCUAUUCUCAUUUUUGGUUUUGAAGAUGGCCUAGGCUUGGAGGGUCACUUUCUUGUACUGUAAUCAUUAUUGCAGUGUAUAACCAACUGCAGUUGUAUCUGCAUAUUUUUGCAGUACUGAAUUCAUUGAUUUGUCAUGUCCAACCAACUUGUUUCCCAGCAGUUCCAAUUUCCAGAUGGGCAGAUGGUACACAUGGAUCAUUUACCUGAGAAAGCAGAUUCAUUGACAGGAGACAUGCAAAAGAAUUUUGUGGGGCAUGUGUCCAGCAGUCCUAUGCCGCUUCAUUUUACGGUAACAAGCGAGCAAAUGGGAACAGCUGAACUAAUGCCCAAAAGUUCUGCAUUCCAAAAUGUAAUGGUAUCUACCAACCAAAUUGGACAAAUUGAACCAAAAGGACGGAUUCUAGGGUUUGGAGCUAGUGAAGGCAUGCUGAAUAAUCUAGGUUCCCAAACGGCUUUUCUGCCAAGCAAAAGGAAGGCUGAGAUGGAAGCCAAAACAAAUGUUGGCCCUCAGAAUGUGGGAAUGCCAAAUAAGCGUACCAUGCAGAUAGGAAUUUCGCCCAAUUCACCCCAGUUGUUGCAGCCGUUAUCUCCUAAUAAAAAAUCCAUGCAGAUGCAGUCUAAAGUAGGCCCUUCUGUCAAGCAAACUCUGCCUGCAUCAAACAAGAAAAUGGUAAGAAAUGAUUCCACAUCCAAUAGAACAGCCUCGCACCGGGUGCAGACUCCAAAAAGUCGAACUGUGCAAAAUGAGUCAUCCUCCAAAGUGCAGACUGAAUCAUUUGGAGCAGUGAGGUCCAAAAUGAGGGAACAAUUAGCUGCUGCACUUUUUUUGGCAUCUCAAAACCCAGAAAAAACUCCAAAUACAGCAAAUAAUCAUGCUGAUGUGAGUGUUAAUCACGAAACUGCAACUGAUUCUCAGUCUAAUGGAUCUGAAUUGGUUGCUUCUGGUGCACCUCAACAAAAACAUGAAGGCUCCCAUGAAUCUUUUGCUUUGGGAGAGUCUGCUUUGCUUGGUAAAUUUGAUGAUGCUCAAGGAAUUCCUACUAAGCUUCCUACUAGUGAAUCCACUGGACACCCUACUCUUUUGCCUGAUGAUGAUGUUUCAUUCGGUGACAAUUUCUUUGUUAAAGAUGAACUUUUGCAGGGUAAUGGGCUUUCUUGGGCCUUAGAUCUUGAUAUGCAAGUAAUAGAAGAGAAAGAAAAGCCUUGCACCGAUAAAACCAAGGAUUUACAUGCUGAAGGAGGUGCAACAGCAAGUGAGCAAGUCAAAUCUCCAGAGAAGUUAGCUUCUGAAAUUGAAGCUGAAUUGUUUAAGUUGUUUGGUGGUGUAAACAAGAAGUACAAAGAAAAGGGAAGGUCUCUUCUUUUUAAUUUGAAAGAUCGUAAUAAUCCAGAUCUCAGAGAAAGAGUCAUGUCUGGCGAAAUUACCCCUGACAGACUCUGUUCAAUGACUGCUGAAGAACUUGCUUCAAAGGAGCUCUCAGAGUGGCGGAUGGCAAAAGCAGAGGAGCUUGCUCAAAUGGUAGUUUUGCCUGAUACAGAUCUUAGAAGACGAUUGGUUAAGACUCAUAAGGGUGAGCAUCAAGUGGAAAUGGAGGAUGAUGGUAUUUCGGUAGAUGUCUCUGGCGGAUCUUCUUCACCUUCACAGGCUCCAUCUAAAAGCACGGAAACUCGUUCUCCUGAAUUAGAUGAUACGAAUGACAAAGAAAAAACUGCAAGUCAGAAGAAUGCUUCAGAAAACCAGGAUCCCUCAAGUAGCUUUAUUAUUCCAAGUGACGGAAGUGAUUUGAUGCAAGGAAUGAUGGUGGAUGAAUUGAAAGAUGUGGAAUUUCUUCCCCCAAUCAUUUCUUUAGACGAAUUCAUGGAAUCCCUUAAUUCCGAGCCUCCAUUUGAGAAUCUACAAGUUGGUGCUGGGCGGUCAACACCUCGCUCAGACAAGGAUCACACUGAAACUGAUAAUGAAGUUGGAGGUUCUGAUUCAACAUCCAAAGAUCACGGGGAUACCCCUGAUAAGGCUGAUGAUGCUGUCAGGAAAGAUGCUGCAGUUGAGUCGGAGAAACGUAAAGAAAGUCCUGUUGCACAGAAUAUUACCCAUCCUGCUAGUAAUGCAUCAACAGUUGAACAUACUUGGGAAGGUGCACUGCAGCUAAGUACAUCAUCAAGUGUCAAAACGUUUGGCGUUUUCGUAAGUGGUGAGAAAACAUCAGUAACAGAGUGGCCAAGCUCCCUGGAGGUCAAGGGCAGAGUCAGACUUGAUGCAUUCGAGAAGUUCAUUAAAGACCUUCCUAACUCACGAUCACGUGCAGUCAUGGUUAUGCAUUUUGUACUGAAGGACAACUUGGCUGAAAGUGAGCGGGCCAACCUAAGUGAGGCAAUUGAAUCAUAUGUCUCGGAUGAUAGGCUGGGUUUUGCAGAGCCAGCCAAUGGUGCGGAACUCUAUUUGUGCCCAACAAAAGGAAGAGUAGUUGAUAUGCUAAGCCACUACCUCUCAAAGGACCGCACUGACAUCUUUAACUCUUCCGAUAAUGGUCUAAUUGGAGUUAUUGUAUGGAGAAAAGUUCAAUUAAGUUCGACAUUAUCACCUAAUUCGUCAUCACACCAGAAACAUACUAGUUUGAAAAGACAACAUUUUACAUCUAGGCGACAGCAAGAAAAAGAUUCUAAUGUAAACGUGAAUAUGAUGAACAAAGCAACACCGACUUCUUCCCAUAAUAGACCUCCUUCCCAUGGUGUAAUCCCACUACCUUCUGAUGAUGAUGAUAGUGAUAUACCACCUGGCUUUGGCCCGCCUGCUGGUGGCCGGGAUGAUGAUGAUUUGCCUGAGUUUAACUUCUCUGGAAACGUUAAUCCCAGGCCUACUUCAUCCCAGAACCUCCAUCAGGGGGCAAGGAUGGCUGCUCGGCCUGUGGACCAAAUUAGGGAACUAAUACACAAGUAUGGACAAACUGAAGCAAGUGCUAGUGCUAGUGCUGGUGCCAGUAAUAAUAGGUGGUUAGGCAAUAGAGUUUCGGAUGUUGGUCUUGGAAUUGAACCGUGGAAUGAUGAUGAUGAUGAUGAUGAUGAUGAUGAUGAUAUGCCUGAAUGGCGCCCACAAGCGCCCUAUCAGCAACGUCAGCCCCGUCAACCUGGUCAUGGCUUUCAUCAGCCGCUGCAACCCACCUAUGGUAGCCAAACUGGUCUGCCAACACCACAUCUGCAGCAGCAGCAGCAGCAGCAGCUGAAUCCAGCAAUGGUGCCUUCUCAAGCCCCUGCUACUUGGCAUCAGGGUGCCCACAGGUGGGUCGAGCCUCCUGUCAACCCCGGAAACGUGCCAGGUGGAGGCCAGUACUACAGGAUGCCUGGGGUCCGAUCUGGACAGCGACAAGAUAGUACGAGAAGUAGGGGUUACUAGUUUCUUUUCCUCCUUUUUUUUCCCCCCUUUAAAAUCAAAAGUUCCAUACAAUGUAAAUUAAGUUGUAGGUUUUUUUUGGUCUUCCGUAGUUACUUUUGCCUUUUACUUUCUGGAAAACGACUAGGAGUAGUGCUUUUUCAGAUGCUUGGAUGUCUCUCCGCAGCGAUGGUCGUCUGUAUCUAGAUCUUUUUUUGCACAACAAGGAAAGAGGAUCAGUGAAGUUUAGUACCGUC